AACUGUUAUUGCACUCGGCACCCAGCAUUCAUUUCCCAUGAAUGACGAGACAGUGGCAGAUCGCUUAUAAGUGUCUGAGUCCAGUGUGUAGCAAAACAAACAGCUGACUUCAGUACACGUGUAACAGUUGACCGCAGUGCGCGCGCGACCACAGACCUUGCCAAUAACCGCGUAAACUUUUCGAAACACGGUGCGGAAGUUUGAACGAUCGCCAGUUGAGACGAUGGGCAGUUGGUUGAGCCACCUGUGGUGGGGCGGGGAUCCAGAUGCGGUGAACUCGCUCUCAGGGCUGACCCGGCGAGAGGUGUAUGCCGUGCAACGCUCUUGGGCGCCCGUCUUCGCUAACUCAGUUGCAAAUGGAUCAGAACUUCUCAAAAGGCUAUUCCGCGCGUAUCCCGAAACGCGCGAUUUUUUCAAAAUGGUCCGAAAGCUGCCGGAACCCGAAUACGAGUCCAACAUGCAAUUCAGAGCGCACGUUAUCAACUUGAUGAACUCUAUCGAUCUGGCGGUGGGACACAUGAACCAGCCAGACAUGGUCGCAGCCAUGAUGGGAAAAAUAGGAGAGUCUCACAUGAAGAGGAAGAUCAGUGAGCGACAGUUUUUAGAACUGAAAGAGGUGCUAAUAAAAAUGUUUAUUGAAAUACUUAAAUUGGAUGACAUGACAUUAGGCGCCUGGUCCAAAACCGUAGAUUUUUGGUACAAACACAUAUUCGCAGGCCUAAAUUGAUCUUAUUUAAUAGAAUGAGUUGUGUGUAUUAUUUUAGAUUACACAGAUGAUAGUGACUAGAAUCCAGUGAUAUGAUAGUAAAGCAAGUAAAGCAGAGGCGAUAUUUUCUAUUUUUUUUUAAAUUAUACCAUAUUAUUAUAUCUAUGUAAGGUAAAAGUCCUAGUGGUCGACAUGCUAAUGCUCAAUAGUAAGAGAGCUUCACUAGUCGUUUCUACAAUGUUAGUACCUAACUGUUAUUGUAACAGUUACUUAUAUUUUAUGAAAUAGUUAUAAAUGGGAACAACAUAUACUAAAAAUUAAAUAAUACUCGGGAAACUUGUCACUAAAAUUAAAAUUAAAUUUUAAAAAAGGCUCCCGAGGCUGCCUUCAUGCGUUAUGGUGCCCAGAAGGCUGGCAGCUUUACCUGUAACUGCCAGCCCUCUGACCAGAGGCUGUGCCAUAUAGAUACCUUAGUCCGAGUUUCUACACCAAAGUCGCAAAUAUGUUAUGUAGCCCCGCCGAGGACAUCAUAUUUACGCCGUUUGUUCUGCUAUCAUAUCAUAUUGUAAUAAUGUGUGUACGUUAUGGCUGUUUGUAAAAUUAAGGUAGAUUUAACAGUAUUUUAAUCGAUGACCAAUGAAUAUAUAGGUACCUACCUAAGUAUUUUGUUAAAUUAGGGUUUUGUAUUUUGCUAUUUUUAUAAAAUUGCAACAAUAGAUACAAAUAAAAUAAUUUAAUAGUGAAA